AUGAACAUUUUUCGAUUGUUUGGCGAUUUAUCGCACGUUCUGGCCAUCAUCAUUUUGCUCAUGAAGAUUUGGAAGACCAGAUCAUGUGCAGGUAUAUCAGCAAAAUCUCAGAUCCUGUUUGCCUUGGUGUACACGACCAGAUAUCUAGAUCUGUUUACAUCAUUUGUGUCGGUAUAUAACUCAACCAUGAAGGUCUUGUUCAUUGUAUCCUCCUAUGCCACACUCUAUUUGAUAUUUUUCAAGUUCAAGGCCACCUACAACCAUUCGAAUGAUACAUUUCGCAUUGAAUUUCUUCUCCUUUUCUCGGCCAUUUUUGCUCUGGUAUUCCAUCAUGUCUUUGCUGUCCUGGAGAUCUUGUGGACAUUCUCAAUUUACUUGGAAUCAGUUGCCAUCCUGCCCCAGCUCUUUAUGAUCAGUAAAACAGGAGAGGCAGAGACGAUCACAAGUCAUUAUUUGUUUUCACUGGGCAUGUACAGAGCUUUCUACAUUUUCAACUGGAUCUAUCGCCACUAUAUGGAGAACUUCUUUGAUGUCAUUGCUGUUGUUGCCGGCUGUGUCCAGACUAUUCUAUAUUGUGAUUUCUUCUAUCUCUACAUAACUAAAGUUUGGAAGGGAAAGAAAUUUGCUCUACCAGCUUGA